UUGAGUGAGGCGUUGCAAGAUGUUGUCGCUGCUGCUGCUGCUGCUGCUGCCGCUAGUGGCUGCUGUAGUUCCUGGCGAUGAUAUGAGCACGGAGCUGGCCAAGCAGAUUAUACGCAGCGCCAAGGCGGCGGAGAUUAAAAGCAGAUUGGAUACAAGUGUGCAGCCCUGCGAUAAUUUUUACAAUUACGCCUGCGGCAACUGGAAGCGACAGAACCCAGCACAGCUGCUGGCCAAUGUGGCCACCGAUACGUUCGAGCAGUUGUCCAGCGGCUUUGAGCGGCGACUGCUGCGCCUGCUGCAGUCAGCAGCGCCGGCCAACAAGCUGGAGCAGCAGCUGCAAGAUUUUCACAAAUCCUGUCUGCGCCUGGAGCCAAGCGAUGCGGACUACAAGCAGUCGCUGCGUCAGCUGUACAGCGAGUUCGGUGAGCUGCCCGUGCUCAGCGAGCGCUGGAACGAUGCGAACUACAGCUGGUGGCGUCAGCUGGGCGCCAUAGCGGGCAAGUAUAAUAUACAGCCGCUGAUAUCGGUGGACAUACUGAACGAUAUGCGCAACAGUUCGCUGAGGCGCGUCUAUGUGGGACCGCCGCGACUGUCGCCCAGCCUAAGCGCUGCGGAUAUAAAGGGCAACUCUAUGCUGGCGCAGCUGGAGAUGUCGGGGCUGCAGAACAUGCUGGAAACGUAUUUGGAGCUGAGCGCGCAGCAGGCGUCGGCGCUGACGCUGGAGAUGCUGCAGCUGCGCAAGCAGCUGUCCGAGGGCAGCGGCGCAGCAACCAAAGCGCAGACGCUGGCCGAGGAGGUGAGCGAGCUGACGCUGGUGGAGCUGCAGCAGCUUUGCGGCUCAUCAGAGCUGAACAUGACAGAGUUUCUUGGUCUGGUGCUGGGUGCGCAGCAUGUGCCCGCCAAGCUUUAUGUCUACCAGCCGGCGUAUUUGCAACAUGUGCUUGCCACACUGGCGCAGACGCCAGCGCAGCGCAUUGCCAACUAUGUGCUGUGGCAGCUGCUGGAGCCGUUUCUGCUGCUCGCCAACAAACGCCAUGGCCAGGGCCAGGGCCAGGAGCAGCUGCAUUGGUGCGUCAAGCAGACGCGCAAACACUUCGGCGAGCUCAGCGAGCAUUUGAUCUAUGCGCGCUAUCGCAGCGACGCCGCCGAGUCCGAGGUGCAUGCGGUGUGGCAACAGAUGCGCGCCACAUUUCGCCAGCAGCUGGCGGGCGAUAAGCUGGACUGGAUGGCGCCACAGACGCGUCAGCUGGCCAUUGAAAAGCUGGAGCGCAUGCAGCUUCACAUACUCGCCUACGAUGCGCAGAACUUUGAGCAGCUCUAUGGCCAGCUGGCGUUGAAUGCCUCCAACUAUGUGCGCAACUUGCAGCAGCUGCUGCAGGUGGCAGCGGCACGCAAUGUGGCGCAAUUGACCAACAGCAGCUCCAGCAGCAGCGGCAGCUCCAUGGCGGCGCAGCACACCGAAGUGCUGAGCUUUACGCCAGCCUACAGCAUGCUGGACAACUGCAUCAACAUACCCGUGGCGCUGCUGCAGCCGCAUUACUUUUGGGCGCCGGAGUAUCCCAAGGCGCUGCGCUACGCCACUUUGGGUUACCUGCUGGGCCAUGAGCUCAUACAUGGCUUCGAUGAUGAUGGACGCAAUUAUGAUGCAGCUGGCAACUUGUCGCCCUGGUGGGAUGAGCGUUCGCGCUAUGAGUACGAUGAGCGGCGCAAGUGCUUCCAGGCGCAGUAUCAUCAGUUCCGCUACGAUGGUCUGCAGCUGCCCAAUCUUGUCGAGCAGUCCGAGAACAUUGCCGACAAUGGCGGCAUCAAGCUCGCCUAUCAGGCCUAUCAGAGUUGGCUGCAGCAACAGCCGGCGGCGCAGCAGCAGCUUGAAACGCUGCCAGGGCUGGAGCAUCUCAAUCCCAAUCAGCUGUUCUUUGUUUCCUACGCGCAGCUCUGGUGCGCCGACGUUCAGUCGCUGUUCAGAACUUGGCUCGUCGCCGUCGAUGAACAUGCGCCCAGCAUGUUCCGCGUCGUCGGACCGCUGUCCAAUUUUCAGGAGUUCUCCUGGGUGUUCAACUGCUCCCAGGCUGCGCCCAUGGAUCCCGAGUACAAGUGCGCAAUUUACUAAUUUGCAAAAAGUCCAAAUUAUGCGCAAAGCUUAAUUCUUAGAAAUUAGUAAAAAUAAUUCUAUAUGCCUAGUUAUAUGUUUAUGUCGAUUGCAAU